CAACCUAAAACUGAUUACACCUUGGUUGCGAGAUUAGAGCGCCAUUUGAUUGGGGAGCGCAAAGAGCAAGCACCCAGAGCCGGCGCUGCUAUGUACUAAUAUUCUCGAUGUGACUAUAAAAAAGACACAUCUUCACCUGUUUUGGGGCACAAAUUACAAAAAAACAUUACAGGCAUUAUCUUAUUGACCCUAGUCAGCUUCCGUCUUAUAGGAAGAGGGGGAAAUGAGAAGCAGAAGUUUUAGUUGAACAUUAUAGGGUGUAAGAAACUUCAGGUUCUAGUCUCAUAUAGGCUAUUUGUUCAACGUAUUUUCCCUGAUUAGCAUAAAGAAACUUGACAAUCUAGCAAAGCAGUAGAGCGCUGCAGGAGUAUCUAUUUUAAUUAGUACCCAGUUGUUGAUUGAGGAUUUUGAUGUGUUGCCCAUUUUAUGUACUUGCCAAAUUUGUUUCUGACCAUGUGGCAUCUCUACAAAAGGCUGCUGAUGUUAUUGUAAUGUUUAAGCAGCCUUGCUCACUUCAUAUACACAGGGACAUCCGGUUCAUAGAGGUGAUGGAGACUGUCUGUCAAAGACUCAUGGAGUACAAUCUGCACAAGGAGAGGGAAGGCAGCAACCGCUUUGCCAAGGGCAUGUCUGAGACCUUCUCCACACUGCAUAACUUGGUCCACAAGGGCGUGAAAGUAGUGAUGGAUAUCCCGUAUGAGUUGUGGAACGAGACAUCUGCAGAGGUGGCAGAUCUGAAGAAGCAGUGUGAUGUAAUGUUGGAGCAGUAUGAGGAAGUCAUUGAAGACUGGUACAAGGGUGAUCAACUAGAAGACCUCACCACUUACCUGUGUGAGAAGCAUGUUCUUAAGGGGCAGGACACAGCCUGCCUGAAGGAGAAAUGGACUGGGAGAAGGAGAGAGACAGCAGGCAUUGCUGAUGAGAAGAAGAAAAAGAGAGAGAGCAGUGGCCAGGAGGAGCUGAUAAAGAAGAAGGGGGGGAAGAAAAAGAAGAACAGCAAGCUUUCAGAGCAGGAGAUGGGAGGAGAGAGCAAGGACAAUGUGGAAGUCACUCCAGAGGAGGGUCUCCAGGGCAAUGCACCCCUGCAUGGGGAGAAGACUGAGUUGUGAGUGGGCUGGGAGAAGACUGCAUGGCCCAUGGAUUGAUUCAUAAGCUUCCUAUUAGGCGUAUUCUCAUGCAGCAGGGACACCUAGCUUAAGCCUCUGCAAGCUGAAGUACUGUGGGUUUUAAAGGACAUUUUAGCUUGCACCUGAUUGGCACUUCAAAUGCCAGUUGAGACAGCUUGGUAUUUGGAUUGUUGACUCAAAAAAAAUGACUUGAACUGAGCUUGAGCCAAAUAUGAAUAUAUAUCUUCAUAGCCUUGAUGACCAGAACUGAACACCCUUAGUUCUCCCCAGUUUCUGUUUGUUCUCUUUGAACAGUGGCCACAGUUGCUGAAUCAUCCCAUUGUUCUCUAUUCAUUGCUUUUGCACUGUCCAAGCUCCAGAUAUCCUGUGUUGCUGUGUCUGUUCCCCAUGCACAUAAUUAAGUCGUGGUUUUGACCUCCAAGGGAUAUGAGAGAUGUUUUCCUUUCUAAUAAGGGACUGGGUGCUAGCCUGGUCUGGCUCUACCCUCACCAGAGACAUCUCACUGUCACCUGGAAUAGAAUCACUGUUUUGGCCCAAAGCUGUAGCUCUGUAGUUCCCUGGUAGGGAAUGUGGGUCAUCCCAGAUAACCACAGAGGAACAGGACAACAGAUGGCUGCAGUGCAUAUACGUCACGCCUUGGAUUAGAGACUGAAUCCACGUUACUCCUGUAAGAGAUAACCGGUGCUAAUAGGUGUGGAACUUCGUACGUGUAUAGUUGCACUGGCAUUGCCAUAACAACAGAAUGCCCUGACUUAACCAGUGCAACCUAGUCCAAAUACAUGCACCAGAAGUCUGCUGACAGUCUCUGUCUUUCAUUGAUAUUUGAUUAAAUUAAAUUAUACUCCGGCUAUGCAGGCAUUCUUAUGCUUUUAAAGUGGACGUAUUAUAAGCUGAACACACUCCCUAUCCUAUAAAAGAGAUCCUAUAAAAAUUG